GUAAUAAAUCAAAAUAUCACUUUCCAUAAGAACGAAAGAAUGAUUGGCUAUUGCCGUAAGCUUAUGUGUAGAGAUUAAUACAUACAUGAUGUUUGCUUCUCUAUGUGUUAUACUGGAUUGCACUAAAACUUUCUAUCUCGCUUUCGCUAAAUUCUUCAAAUAUAUACUAUUUCAUUUUAAGUACAAGUAGUUCAGCUAUAAGUUACAUUUCGAUAUUCUUCAUCAUAUUGAUAAUCUAUGUGAUGUGAAUAUACAUAUUUUUAAUAUUAGUAGUGAAUUACAGUGAAUAUCGAAACGCACAAUUAUAAAAUUUAUGCUACCCGCCAGAUUGUUUUGAAAAUCGAUUGAUCAUAAUAAAUUUCUCUCGAGACCGUAAAGAAUUAUAAGGGAUUCUCUAUAAUUCGUGCAGUGUUACCUUUUUCGAUUAUAUCAUAUGAUUGCAUGUAACUUUGCAAAACGUUUGGGUUUUAAUAAAUUCUAAUUGCUGACAAUGGCAAUGGCAUGUAAUUACAAUUACGACGCGAUCUUGGACUGGCAUCCAGAGAUGAUACUCAUUUCAGAAUCACCCGUUACUUGGCAAGGCUUUUUAGUAAUUUCUUAUUCAUCAUUGACUGCACGUGAUAGGCAAUGUUCCAGAGUGAAGUUAAAAUUAGUUAUGCCUAAUUAUCCAUCAUUCUGUAAUGCACAAAUCAGUUUCGGCAGGCAUAUUGCUUCUUUGCGGAAUAGAGAAUUCAGUGAUAAAGUAAAAGAAUUGAUAAAAGGCACACAAACUGUACCAACAUUCUUGACGCAGUUACAAUCACUCAUUGGUAAAUAUAUGCAGAAUACAGAUAAUAAAAUGCAUAUGAUCAACUUUGAAGCUACGAAAGCUUUUUUGCAAGAUUUGAAAGCAGCUCUUCAGAAUCCAUCUGAUGUACAACUCUUAUGCAAUCAGAAUUUGAGUACUGUCAAGUUAUCUUUAAGAGGAGUAUCUCUUACUUUACAAAGAUGUAACAAUACUGAAAUACCAUGGAAAGUUAUAUCUUCCGACAUGCCCACUACUCCACCAUUUCAAGACUUUCAAAAGAGUAUAACCAACUUGAGUGUUGCGAUGACUAAGUUCAAAUGGCAAGUAGAAAUAUUGGAAAGAGCAUGGGAGCAAUUGAAACAGAUUGACGAAAAUUGUUGGGUAAUUGAUCCAUUGGAACCAAACAAAAGCCAUAUGUACAGACGCAUUCAUUUGUCACAAUCUGUGUCUGUGAUAAUUAUAAUAGAUCCUUUUAAUCCAACCGCUGUACCAACAAUGAAAUUUUUAGGUAGUGAAAAUGAAGUGAAGAAACAAAGAGAUGAUGUUUCUAAUAAUCUUCAUAAUUGGGAUCAAAAUUGUAAUAUUAUAGAAAAUCUGCUAGUACUGUUAAAUUUGUAUGCAUUUCCUGAGCAACAGGAAAGUUUAGACGAGUCUAAAGGCAUUAUUAGUAGUCACGAAUGCGGCAUAUGCUUUUCUGAAAAAUCAGAAAUCGACGAAUUGCCAGAUAAGAUAUGUAAUAAUGAGAAGUGCAUGAAACAUUUUCAUUCAGUAUGUUUGUCGAAGUGGUUACAGACAAACGCUAGGAAUCAAGUUGUAUUUCAUCAUAUCCAUGGUACUUGUCCACAUUGCAAAGAAAAUAUUUUCUGUUCUAUUGAAUGAUAAAGAGGCACUUCUGCCACUGAUCUAAAUCCUGCAAUAAGAUGUAUCCUUGUCAAUUCCAUUUCGUCGUUGACAAUUG